AAAAAAAAAACAAAGAGCACGCUGUUACCUUGCAUGUGAUACAUUAUGGCAACCUCGUCACGACCUGGUAAUUGUUCAUACAUUCAGGCUGUGGAUGGAGCUGGUAUGCUCUCCUGCGUAUAAAAAGGCUCUGGAGAGCUUGGGGAUAUCUGACAAUCACAUCCACAAUCAGAACCAUAACAUCACGUCUUCCAUACCCUAUACCAAAACAGAAACAUCAUGCCUCUUUUCGGAUCCAAACGUCGUUCCCAUACAACUUCUGCUUCUACCUCCCGCUCUGGACGCUCUCGAUGGCCACGUUUCGGAAGGAGAGACCCAGACCGUGUAGCUGGUGGAUACAAGGCUGCUCUGGCGAACCCAAACACGACCCGGACUGGACGUAAACAUGCAAAAGCCGAAUUACAGGCUAUGGGUCGAGGCCGAGAAGCUAAGCUUCCACUCAUGACCAGAAUCAAACGUGCUCUCGGUAUGCGUAGUACACCUCGCCGAGAAAGGGUGCAGACCACUCGGAGGAUCUAAGUCGGUCGACGGAGGUUCUGAAGGUCCUCGCUGCUACAGUAUCAUAAGCCCUCUACCGUUCACGGAACAUACAUAAUUUUGUUACUUUCAUCCCCAGAUAUUUUAUCCUACCACGCUCCUAGUCAAAUGAUACCUAUAGACGGACUAUCGUACAUAGUAGCUGCCGUAUGGGACUUAUACAAAUACCAACAUAACAUCACAAUUCACCAUCCGUAAAACUGCC